AUGACCGCGCAAGGAAAUAAACUGGGGAGACUGCCUGACGCACAUCAAAAUAGAAAGGCAACAGGAACUUUGUCAUCGAUCAAAGACGACGAACGAUAUCGACUCGUACACAAUGUUCUACUCCCGCUCGUUCGUUUGUUGACACAAUGUUACAGCAUAUUGGACAAAAUUCUUCCAUCGCAACCCAAACCAACAGAAAACACAUCCAGAAAAAAGACGAAAAAGCCAGAACCUCCUGUAGGAAUGCUGUCAAUCCAAAAUUACACAGACGUUGCUUGCCUGUUGGAGUUCCUUGUCUUGACCAACAUUCUUCCAUAUUUGGAUGCAAAUGUGAUGAUAAGUGCUCAAGAUCGGAUACAAUACCAUCUACCGAAGUCAUUGGCAGGAAGAAUGCCUCGAGCUGCAUUGGCAUGGAAUUCGAUGCAGGCCAGCAGCAUAUCAGCUUCGGAAAAGUCUUUCGAGCUACUUACGACUUCAAUUACUAUUUCAUCUCUGGUAAUGCUGGAUCGAUUCAAACCAAUGCUGCUGCCUCGACAUCUUUCAGACCUGUACGCUGCAACAUUCCAAACUCAACAAUGGGAAAAGGUCAGUGAUUCGCAAAGCGCCAGCGAUAUCGCACUUUUGUACCGUACACUGGGGCUGCGACCCACUUCAAGAUUGAACCCAGUGUUACAGGCAAAGGCAUAUCAAACCAUGCUUCUUCGAGGCACAAAAGCACCAGCCUGGCUUCGGCAAACCGUGUCUUCGCUCUUAUCCCAGCUUGCCUGUACGGAUUUGUUUUCCAUCAUUCAAGUCUUUUGUCCGACGCAAGAAGCAGCCAUGGCCAGUCAACGGCUCGGACGUGCUCUGGCCGGAACUCCAUUUAAAGAGGCGCUGGUGCAACAAAUGCUAGGUCUCAUGCAGGGCAUAUUCCCUACAAAUGGAGAAAUAUCAGGACCUACAGUCUCCAUCUUGGAAACUGUUUGGGCUGUACUAAAUGAAUGGUCGCCGGAUACGAUACGUUCAGAAUUGAUCGAGCUUUGGGAGAAUGGUAUCAUGGACACUGGCACUCGGGACGGGCAAACCAUUCACGCAACAGUGCGACAAAUCGGUGCACUGUUUUCCUUUGUUCCGAAUGUUAGCAUUUCCUUGAAAGUUCUACAUCAGAUACCGAAGAGCAUCAUACUUCCUCAAUUAGUUCGGCUGGGAUCCAUGUCAUCAAUAUUUGCCAGCAACGCCCGAGAUGAUGCGAAACAAACUCUACACUGGAUUUCACAAGCAAUAUGCAGUGUUACACAAUCUACCAUGAUUGGGAGUGUUGCUGUGUCCGCGGAGGGCUUGAUGGCGAUUGCAUGGGUGAAUUCCCUCGAACCUAACAGUUGGGAUUUAAGUGGCAAUGAGUACUACAUACAGGAUUUGGAAAGUCAAUUUUCAUCCAUAAAAGGCUUUGAAUGUUUGGGCAUUCGAAAGUGUGAUGCAAGUGUCUUGGAUUUAAAGAGAAUUAUUGAGCAUGGAACGAGAAGAGUUGACGUCUUACUUGAGACAACAUAUGUCGUACACGAGCAAGAAGGGUUUACCAGACUGAAAGGAUUGUGUUGCCGCAUAUUCCAUCUUAUCCUUGAGCUCUAUCUUUCCAAGUCUACAAAGAAGACUCUGUCUGCAAUCUCGUCGAUGGUACCCAUCUUGUCUCUACCCACGCUUUUCGAAAGGUGUUCACCAGAGGAUCUUCUCUUCGGUGACUCAUCAAAUGCUACCUCGUUGUUAUUCCUCAUUAAGAUUUCCCUGAUAUCUGUUGACCGUAGCCACAAAAGCACCACGAUUAAUGAAGGAGCUUCAACACGGUCAGAAUCGCCACUUGCAGUGGAAAACGGUCUUGCUGAGGGUCUCUUUGAAUUUAGAAAAGUUGUGACGAUGCAUACUGCGAGCCAAACUUCAUCGUCGCUUUUAUCCGGGCUAGAUGACAAGGAAGAUUUUGCUUCAAGCCUCCAAAUUGCUUUCAUAAUGCUGAGCCUUCUGGUCUCAGUACUCGAAUUUGGAUCGACCCUUCGUUCGUUGGAUGAAGAAGAGGUACUUCAUUCUUUCUCGCCGGUCCUUGAGUCUCUAGCUCAGCUCGAUGAAAACUCAUCAACCGUUAUUCCUUCGUACAUUGAAGAAUCGAGGGCAGAGAUGGCAGACGUUGCGGCGUACGCCUUGUCUCUCAUCGCAUCACGUUCAGCCCCACGGACUCGUGAAGCUGGACAGUUGGACAGUGAGUCGCCAUACGACGUCUUGAAGAGUAUCAUUAUGCAAUCAGAAAAUGAUCUUCGGUCAGCUGAACCGCCGAUUAGAGCCAGAGGUAUAGUUGAACUCGGUCGUCUUGCGCGUGGGUACCUUGGCAUUAUUGCAAAGGAAAAUUUGUCCAGCGGGAAGAGUUCUCUGAUCAAUAUACUGCAAGACAAUGAAUCUGUCUCCAGCAAUGAAUCCACUAUCAACUUUGUGGUUGAUGAGAUCCUGAGGCUUUCAAUUGGGGCGGUUGGGGAUAAAGAGUCCUAUGUCUACCUUGCGGCUGUGCAAACAAUUGUUUCUAUUGGCGACAUGCGCCCAAAAAAGUUGAUUCCUCUUGUAGCAUCAAUAGUUGUGACAGGACGAUGGCAAUUGGGUUCGGCCGAAACAGAUUAUCAGUCCAUCAAUGUUACUGGGGAGGAACGGAUCAAAUUGGCAGAGGCCCUGAUAUUUAUGAUCAAGCGACGACCUGUGGUUGAAGAAUACGUUCCUACGUUAUUAGCUUUGAUGACAUUUGGGGACGAACGUGCGAAUCACGAUUCUGAUAAAGCGGAGGAUUCACUCUUUCGAAGCGAGACGCACAAGUACUUUAUAACCGAAGCGAAACAAGAAGCUGGCGAGUAUGAGCCAUCACAAAAAGAGUUAUGGGAGGAGAAGGAUAUUCGGUUGAAAACGGGGGGGCCGGUGUUCAAGGCAGAAGAGCUAGAUGUCGUGCGUGCCGCCCGAGCAUCUGUACUAGCAGCAUUGGUUUCCAAGUCACCACCAAGGACUAUAGCAUUGGACUGCGCAUUUCUUGUUCGUCUUAUCAACGACACGCUGGUGUUGGAGACUUCUCGCUCUGUGUGCCGAGCCAUCGCUACUCUCGCUCUCGCUCUGUACGAGUCCGCUCUCAGAGAGUUGGAAGAAGUACUGGCUGCGCUAGAAACAGCAUCAGCACAGAUGGUGACCACAAGAGCGUCAAUUCCAUUCACAGUGGCAUUAAUAUCGUCAGAUGAAGAGGUGCUGCAUUCAAACCUUGCUGCUAAAUCUACUGGCGGUUUGGCGGUAAGUCAGCAGACACUCAACGACCCUGCAACGUCAGCUCGAUGCAAAGAAGCCUUGAUCUUGCGUCAACAAGCCGAGGAGACUGGACUCUUCUCUUGCGCUCGAAUUGCCUUGUCCCAAGACCUUUCAAACAGAGACUACCCACAAAUGCUUCGAGUUCUGAAAGCGAAUGCGGAUAUGGGUGUGAAGGUAAAGUUGUCUAUAGAAUAA